AUGGAGUGGUUAACGAGCGCUGAGGGUCUGAAUGCCCGUCAGGAGCUGGAGGCGUCCGUUCAUGAGCACCACCCUCACUUGCGUGAUGAGGAAGUCGACCUCAUUGUGGACGGUCGUCUACUACGCAUGGUUCGGGAGCGCGCAGCGGAGCAAGCACCUGCGAGCGGCCAGCAAGGAGGAACCGGUGAAGGAGGAGCUGUGCACGAGGCUCCAAGUGCUGUGGGCGUUGGUGGAGGAGCUCUUGCACCGACCAUUGACACGGGAAUGAUCGGGGCGAGGUACGGUCAAUUCAAGUUUGGAGUUGAACACAUCUCCGUGACGCCGCUGCUGGAGGGAAGGCACGACCUUACCGCGUGGGUCAGUGCCAUCCGACCUCAGCUCCAGUGUGCUGAUUUGUGGCAGUUUUGCAACGGGAGAGCACCAAGCCCGGCCCCGAACAACCCCUUGCAACGAAGGGAGUACGCAAAGGGCCAAAUGCUUGCAGUCAUGGUGCUGAACCGAUGUGUUUCUCCACCCAUCCGAAUGUCCAUCUCUGGUUUCUCUCAGCAAGAGAAAGCCGGGCAGCUAGCAUGGGCAUAUAUCUUGUCUACUUAUCAAGUUCGUGAUGCUCUCCACGCUUCCCUACUUCAGACCCAGUUAGCCCAACUCAGGAAGGGAGAUGAUGAGGCGGCGGAAUCCUACUGCAAUAGGGCCCGCACCAUCGGAGCGGAGCUGCUGACCAUUGGACAGGAGGUCCACAUGGCCACGUUUGCCGCCCACGUGCUGAAGGGCCUACCACCGGAGUACAGAUUUCUUCGCCGCAAGCUCGAAAUUUCCAGCCCUGACAUGAUGGUGGAACGCGUGUGCAGCGAGGUGUUGAUGGAGGAGCAGACUCUCUCCAUCGAACAGAAUUACAAGCAGAUCACCAAUGAUGCAUCUGCUUUCUCGGGCGCUGUCCAUGCCAUCGUGGCUACAACGGGGGUCAACGGGAAGGAAGGAAAAGGGGGAAGGGAGCAGACGGACAAGAAGAAGGAUGGCAAGCGGGAGAAGAAGCGAGCCCCCUUCAAGGGGCGCUGCUACAACUGCAAUGAGGAGGGGCACAUGGCUGCCAAGUGCCCCAACAAGAAGAAAGAUACAACGCCCGCGGCAGCCGCGAACGUAGCUGAAGGAGACGGGAAGGGCGUGGCACUCACCGUCGCGU